CUGUGUUAAAAUCUAUUGUGACCUGUCCUAUCAUAAAUGGUGAUCCUUUCAUUACCACAUUUCAGUGAGGCAGAAACAGCUGUACCAGAAAGGGAAAUAUAUAACACAGGUUCCAACCAUGCAGACUUGACAGUUAUGGUUGUAAGAGAAAAGAUUAAAAGGCCCAUGGCCCACAUGUGGGACUGAACAUGGCAUUUGCCAACGAACCAGACUUUACCUGCUUAGAUAAAAUGACACAAACUUCCUUUGAGGAGGAAUUAGAUGAUGUGACCCAAGAGAAGAAGGAAUCUCAAAAAGCUGAUGCAACAGUCAUCAUUACUGGGCAGAUCCUUUUAGCAGUGGCUACUCUAAGGGACGCAGACAGAAUCAGUAUUCAGGCAGCUGCAGAAAUGUUGAACACAAUCUUAAAGAAAGAGAGAAACAAACUGAGGGGAAAGGUGCCGGAAAUCAUUGAAAUCAUUUAUUUUCACCUACAUGCAAUCCAGGAACCUAGCGCAAGAGAAGCAGCAGUAGGAGCUGUGUGCCUCCUGGCGGAAAAACACACCGAGGAAGUCGUCACAAGCCUUCUGAGGCUCUCACUGCUUUGUGACCAGCAUGUCACUCAAAUUUGGAAAACUCUGGGUCGGGCAAAGCAGCCUGUCAGACUACAAGUUCUUGCAAAGCUCCUUGAAGUCUUGAAAAGAAGACCUUGCUUCGACCAUGAACUCUCUGAUUUGGACAAGGAUGAUUCCUCGCUUCUACCUCUAGCUGCAACAAAGGCUCUGUGCAUAAUAUUUAGAGAUAGAAAAUGCAAAGUGCCUAUGGAUAGCUUUUUUGUAUCUGUGAUCAUCUUCCUGGUGAUUCAGCUACAUUACUUGGUGAGCUAUGCAGAUAUUGAACAUGAAGAAGAGGAGGUAUUCGAAACAUCAAGUUAUAUAAGGUGUGCGUUGGAGGCAUUGAAAGCCUUAAUUCGAAGGGAGAGGACUCCACAUACAUGUUUUACAAGUCUAACAGGAAACUGGGACCUUCUCUCUUCACCAGAGAAUUAUCUUGAAGGGGUUCUCCUUCUGGCCAACAGUCUUGUCAAACAUCACCGUGGACUUGAUUAUGCUGUAUUUACCAAGGUGAUACCUUUUCUUCAUCAUGGGGAUGAAAAACAGAAGCUGACAGCAAUGGCCUUUUUCACUGCACUUCUUUCUUCUAAAUCUAGUUGUGCAGUGCUACAAAAAAAUUACACUCUGGGUCUUUUAAAGAACUGGCAGAAUGAUUCAUGCUCAACCUACCGCUGGCUCAGUCUCUAUGGAAUGGGCAACCUAGCACAGCAUCUGCAAAACAAGAAAGAAUUGACAGCCCUAAUACUGGACAUCCUUCCGAGUUUUUAUGACCCCGAUGAGAAAGUGACUUUGGCAGCAAUUGUGGCAGUAAACAAGAUUAUUUCAUCCUGCAGCAACAAUGCCAAAGUAUACGUGAAGAUCGCCAAGCAUCUUCAGCCAUUCUUGGCUGAGGAGAGGAACAAAGUAUGCUGUGCUGCAAAUAGACUGUUUCGAGAUAUUCUUUUGAACCUGGAUGCGAAAGAUAAAACCCUGAUGCGGGACCAAGUUCUCUCUAGUAUUGUUACACUGAUGGUGAAUCUGCAGGAUCCAGACCUACAUGUGGCUGAGAACUGCAGAGACAGCUUAACAGUAUGCAUCAUUUUCUUGGAGUGGACAGCAAAUGAGAAUGAAGACUCUUGGGACACAACUUGCAAGCAUCUUGUUAAGGAGCAUCCAGGAAAAGUGAGAACCUUCUUAUAUCAGGCACAAGAAUAUUGUCAAAGUCCACGAAAAUCUUCAAGAACUGCAGCCACCAUGUUUAUAGAUUCCAUCUUGGAGCACAUGGAAUCGAGUUGUACACAAAAAUCAGAAGUAGAUGUCUUGAGAAAAACUUUCUGCAAUUCACAACCAGAAAAACAACGCCCUGUCCCCGUUGUUGAAUCUAAGAAAGCACGCAGGUUUUGUUCAAAUCUGUUCAGAUGUUCCCGCUAUUUCCCAAGGUGCAGAUGAUAUCGUCUCAUUGAAUGCAAGCUGUGUGCACCUCAAAAUAAAAAGGACUUAAUCAAUACCAAUCUGACAAUGGCAUACCAGAUGCAUAGGCAGAGCUGCACAAGGUUUUUUUUGGGCCAUUUGGUUCUUACCUACAGAGAGGCCAAAUAAUGCAAUAUAAAAUAAAAUGUUUU